CUGAGGCGGGCGGCUGCUCCCAGCAGCGCUCGGCGUGACGGGGCGGGGUCCUGCCAGUCACACGCGGCUGUUGUUUCCCGGAGCUGAUGGGGAAAGCAGUAGCCGAGCCCCGCCCCAGCCCCUCGGCAGCCACCGCCACCGCGUCCGCCUGCGGGAAAAGACGAGCGGCCUCAGCCCGAAGCAGAUCUGUCUGGGGGGAGGAAUCCUGGCACAGAUCGGCCGGAGGUCUCUGCCAAUAUAAUCCUGGGUGAGGGCUGCUGUUCUGCUGUAAGCAGGGGGCAGUGAUGAGGAGAAGAGUAAAAGAGAGUGUAGCCGGCUGGCUAAGAGGUGCGCUGGUGGAAAAACAAUGCUCAACAGCCCUCCCUGGGAUCGCAAUUUAAAGGUGUUUUCUCCAGCUCAAUCGUUGAGGAUGAAUGAAAUGAAUAGAUGUUAACCACGUGAACACAUCUUCUGACGUGUACAUUUAUCAUAAUGGGAAACACUAACUCCAAAAGAAAUCCUCCCCCUCUACCAAACAACACAGAGAAGGGUACCAAUGUGACUGCAGGUCAGAGAGACUUCAAGCAAAAUCAUGAAUUGUGUGGCCUGUCUCUUGAGAUAGAAAGGAUCUCUACAAAAGUUUCAGAAAUUCACAGCAGUGAUGAGGAUCCUGAGGAUGUGUUUUACAAGUUUGUGAUUCUGCAUGCUCAGAAUGAUGCAGCUGAAGCCAGCAGACUCCAGCAUCUGCUACAAAAUAAAUUUUGUAUUAAACCUGGAAUAAUCUUUGCUGAAAUGCCUAGUGGUAGACAUUUCUUCCAAAACUUAAAUGAUGCUGUGAAUAGGUCAGCAUGGACUAUUAUUCUCUUGACAGAACAUUUCUUGAGUGAGGCUUGGUGUGAGUUCCAGUCUUAUGCCUCCCUGAUGAACGCUCUUAACACACAGCAUAAAUAUAACUCUGUUAUACCACUGAGGCCACUGAAUAAUCCACUUCCAAGGGAGAAGACUCCUUGUGUCCUACAAGCCAUUAAUGCACUGGAAGAAGAUAGUCCUGGCUUUGCUAAACAAGUGGAGAAGAUUUUCCAGGAGUCGACAUACAGGCAACAGCAAGCAAUAUGGAAGAAAGAAAGAACAAAUGCGACACACUAGAGCUAUUGGAAUGAUGAAAGACAUGCAUAAAGACAGUUAAAUCGAUUAAUUAAAUUGAAGAAGGUAAAUCAGUUGUCGUACUCAUCUCAAGUAAGAGAGGGAAACCUUCUUUUGAGAAACUACCCCACAGAAAAGAUGGUGGUAAGAGUUUCCCAUAAAGGCAUUAUUGUUAUUACUUAACACCUGUAUGAUUUCAGCAGUAUUAUCAAGAUGUGGCAAAUCAUCACCUUGACCCCUUUAUUUAUUAUAUGCCACUUUCCCCUACUCAUUUCUGUUUGUCUGGCUUCUCUUUGUAUUGUAUGCUCUACUGGGCAGAUACCUUGUCUUCCUUUAAGUUUGUAUAGCUCCUCACAUGUUGUAACUGCUACUGGAAACAAAUAAUAAAUAGGGUAGUACUAACAGUGGCUGUUAUUGAGAGCCAACAGAAGCUAUACAGGAUAACAUCCUGUAAGGAAGGCUAUUCUAUUAAUAACAAUAUUUAGAUAAGUAAUAUAAAUAUGUUAGAAAUACUUACCAAUGUUACAAAACCAGGGAAAUACAUUCAGCACCCUACAUAUGCUGCUAUUUUAGGAAAUAAGACUCUCAAAAUAUGUGUGCUCUACUUUUGUCAUGUUUGCAAUUGUUAAAAAGCAUAUAUUUUCUAAUGAUGCAUCUUGACCAAAUGGGUAGGUGCAUUUUAAAAAUUAAAAUAAACAAACACUCUCAAUUUCUUUUGACUAAACUUGUUUUUUGUUCAAGUCUUAAAGAAAAAACUGGCAAAGUGAUGCAUAGAGAGAUGGAACUUGGGAGACUGUGUGAAGAUCUUAGAGAUAAGGAUGUACCUAAAGAAUUGCUCUCUGUAGCUCAAAAGCUUUUCUGUUGAUGAAAGAGACAUUAGCUAAAAGAUAUUACCUCACCCACCUGUCUCUCUUAGAGAUAAGAAUCAUGCAUUCAUGUUGGAAAGGGAGAAAUUUUAGAAGUUAAAUCAUUUUGAGUUAUUUAAGUUUAAAACACUUCCAGUAUCCCAGUUCUUAGGCAUAUUUUCCCACAUUUAUUAAAAUGGAUUUACACUAGUAUGUGUUUUUCCUUUACAUGAUAGGAUUAAUGCCCAUGAUUCAAUUGUUUGAUUAAGUCAGAUUUAAGUGCACUUGUGUAAUGUUGAUAGGGAGUGAAGGAAGUAUUAAUCCAGUAGUAAAGUCUUUGCUGUUUCUAAUGAAAGGGGAAGAAUGACAUUUGGGAAUUUUAAUACUUCUUAAUACCCAUUUCUGUGUCGGUUUCAUUCUCUGAAAUCACUUGUUCUGUGCAAGUGGUGACUGUGAACUUCUGAUCAAAAUCACUUGUCCCUUGCUGAGGAGAAAAAACAGUAGGAUUUGAUCCUUGGCACAAUAUCUGUCCAAUAGCAGUUGGAUGUUAGGAGAUCCUGUGUUCUAAUCGUGGCUGUGCCACUCACUGACUUGCUGCUUGACUUCAGAGAAGCAAUUUCUCCUGCUGCCUCAGUUUCCUUCUCUGUAAAAUGAGACUAAUACUUUCUGACAAAGGUGUUAUGAGAAUUAGUUACGUCUGUACAGUGCUUUGAACAUUAUAUAUAUAUAAAAAAAUGCUAUGCACCAUCAGGCCACAUCAGCCUAUCGUGUGGUAAAACCAAAGAGAGGUGAAAUUGGGGAGGAGUUCUCCAUAUGCACUCCCUCACAACAUCAUCUUGCUGAGAAGGGGAUUUUCCCCCAUGGGGAGAAGGAAGUAUAUGCACUCUAAACCCAUCAGAACCCCAUAGGGCCCUCUGCCUCUACACCGCCUGUAGCUCUGGUGGCCCCAUUAGCUACUUUCAUGCUUCCCUGAUCCUAGGCCUUUGCCACAGACAGACCCAGUGCACCUAUAUUAAAGCAGCCUUUGGGUUGCUCUAAAAUACAGCCAAUACAGUAGCCUUCAGGGGCUAUUAUGGCAGCUACGACUCACCAAGACAAUGGGAAGCUCUGGUCAUGCAUCCUACACCAACCAACUAGCAGGCUGUGAUGUAGGAGCUGUUACAGUGGUUUUUUAGCACACUAGCUUUGUGCUGCUUUGCAGCAAUAGGGUUACGCAAGGUGUCCCUAGUAAAGCUGAGGAUCAGGUCCUAUUUAUUCAUUAUGUGAUAUUUAUGAUGUCAGGGACUCUGACAACAGGGUGAAACUUCUUAUUGGCUAUGAAUCUCUCAUCAUUUAUGUUGUCUACCAAAACAAAUACCUGCGGGAGACCCCUGCUGACUGACCAGAUACUAAAGCUGUACGAAGGCUGAUAGUCAGCUUUGCUGAACACUUUAAAAUGACUAAAUACCAAUUGUCUAAAUUUGAAAUGAGAUCAGUCAGGCCUCUCUAAGGUCUGCAAAAGAAGUCUUGCUCCAGUCCCCUUGGGAUUUUCCUAGCCGCUGAAGAACUCCUGAAAUUGCUUAGUGACCUAGGACAGUGUCCGACGCAGACAAUGUUGACUACAAGUGCUCAGCAACAAGGAGAGCAGCUGGCAGCAUCAGAUAGACAGCUGAGUGGAGAGUGUGUAAAGACUGGGUUUAGGAUUAUAAAACAAAACUGAGAUCAGCAUGAACAGAACCCUGUUCUGUUGCCUUACAGUGCAGGGUACAAGUCUCUUAUCUACUUUCCUUAAAGGAUUGGAUGGAUCAAGGGAGGAUUUUAAUUGUGAAGGGUUGGUAGAGCUCUUCUUCUGUGUACACUGAUCCAUUUGAUUUAAUUACUGUCUGGUUUUUAUUAAGGUUUUUUAAUUUUUUACUUUUCAAUAGAAAAAUUACAAUAGACAAAUAAUUUUGGGUUGUUUUUCUUUUCUAAAAUUAAAGUUACCAUCUGUAAUGUACAGCAUACCGUUAAAAUAUAUAUAUAUGCAACAACCUUAAUAUUAAACUAUGAAAUCAAAUGAUUUAAUGCUUUGCAAUUUAUGGGAGGAAACACACACAAGGCAGGAAGGAGAGUAUGAAAGCGGGGAAAAUAAGGUGGAGAAAGAGUUAAGGGGGUGCAGGAAGGGGAAGGAGGUCUGGACUGGCCCCUGCGCCUUGGAGUUCCUUAGUCAAAUGUUUCUAAAUGGAGCUCAGAUUUCUUUAAACUCAGGUAAUUGGUCCCUGUGGAGAAAGCAACCCUUUGGCCGCUAAGUCAAAGAAGUCAGAACAUAAUUGUUCUAGUCAGUGCCAUGAUUUAUUUUCAUCUGUAAAAUCAUUCGCUUGUGGCUGCUCUCAGAAACCAUGAACAUUAUGCUGGAGAGAGGCCCAAAUUCAAGGGUAAAUAUUCUGAUGUGGUUCUUGGCUGAUGUUUGAUUGCUCAAGUCCAAAAUUAUUUUAAUUCUAGUGUCAACUUCUGUCUGCAUGUUUAACCAGAAGACAUUCCCACAACACGUGGUACUGUCUUGUGUUUUUAAAAGAAUGUAAAGAAAACUAGAUAGUGACCCUAAAUAAAAACGAUCCUCUCGCUACCUC